AUGACACAAGAACUAAUUAACUUUCGGGGUGAUUUCCACAACCCCGAAUUAUUAACUGAAUUCUCGUGCCGGGAAUGCCAGCAAGUUAUAAACGAAACCGAUAUUAAGGAAAAGAAUUAUUCUCUUUUCGUGAGUAAUCAAAACAACCAAAUCACCAAAGACGAAUACGCCAAUCAAGUUUUCUUUGGCUUAAAACUCUGGCUCCAAGUUGUGAAGCAUAAAAGAUGUCCGUUACGAAAAGCCAAACCUUAUUUCGCCUUUCGUGAACCUCUCAUUCAGAUUAAAUUAACUGAACAAAAAGACGAAGAAAUUGAAAAUCUAAAAAAACAAAUUGAGCAAUUGCAAAUCCAAUUAACUAAUUUACAAACGACAAGAGAACAGGCCCAAAUCCAAAUUCCACACAAGAGAUAUCCGAUAGACACACGAACAGGAGUGUUAAAAAAUAAAGUUCUCAAAGUAGAAAAGCCAAUACUGUCCUCGGUAGAUCCUGAAAUUGAAAAGAUUGUGCGGUCAACAGAGCAAUGUGAAGCCGCGAAAUCAUUUUUGCAUUUGUUUGCUUAUCAACAACUUGCUAAGAAAAAUCAGGAACUCGAUAAAAAGCUUUCUUUUAUCGAAGAAAAAAACGAAAAAUUGGAGCAGGAGUUAAGUAAACACAAGCAAGAAUUAGAAAAUAAAAAUAACGAAAUUUCUACACUCAAAGAAAAGCAAUCCAGUUCAGAACAAAAUCUGAAAAAUCUGGCCGAAAAAACUGAAAAAGAUUUUACUAACUUGGCCAUAGAAGGAGCCAAAGGACUUGAUAAAAACGAUUACAGCAAAGAAGAUGUGAAAAUAGAAAACGCUGCUAUAGACGAAAAAAUUAAAAAAGGAGUAUUAGGAAAAACCCAAGAGGCCAAUGAAACCUUUAAAGAAACACUCAAAAAGUUCGGGAAAUGCAAUCGCGAGAAUUCAAUAUGUGAAAAUCGUGAGAAUUGUACUUGUAUUUGUAAUAUUGGUUUUUUUGAGGACAUAUUUCAAAAAGGAGGAGCGAUAGGUGGAGGAGCGGCGUGCGUUGCUUGUGGUGCAGCUAUAACAUUUUUGAGCGGAGUUAUUCUGGCUCCUAUCGGGGGACCUUUGACGGGAGCGGGGUUGAGUUCGAUGACAACUGGCAUUGUAAAGUCAGUAAAAAAGGAAAAAAUAAAUGCUAAGAGUUAUUUUGUAGAUGUGGGGUUUGGAGCUGCAGCGGGUCUCCUCACGGGAGGAGUCGGUGCGAUUGGUGAAGUGGCGGCAACCGAAGUGGCUAAAGGAGUAGUGAAAGAGGCAGCAAAAAAUGGUGCUAAACUUGCCAUACGAGUAGGUGCAGGAGCAUGUGCUGGCCCUGCUGCCAAGAGUCUUGAUGAGUGUAAACAAUGUCUUAAAGGCAGUAGUUUGGUUGGAGGAAUAGGAGGAACAUUCAAUCAAAUUGGAAGUGCUGUGUCUAAUUCAGUUGAGAAUGAAAUCGGCCAAGUGGUAGCAAAAAUAGCGAUAGAAACAGCUGGUAAUACCGGAAUUGAUGCAGGGUAUCAAUUCGUAAAUAUCGCCAACGGUGAACAAGAAGAAUUUGAUCUAGAAAGAGCGGCGGUAGUGUUUACAACUACAAUAACGGCAGCCUCAGUGCGAGAAGGAGUGCGGCAAGGAGCAAAAACCGCCGUAAGAAAUCAAAUUUACAAGGAAAAUGGGGGUAAACACCGCUAUGUCAAUCACAAGAAAAUAGAAAAUGAGGUUCCUAAAGAAUACGUAGAUGAGGUUAAAGAAAAGUUUGACAAAAUUCAUGAUCCUCAAUACCAAAAACCACUGGCUAAAAAAAUUGAAGCCAUACAAGAACAUCAAACUGAGUUUUCGUCAAGGAAAGAAAGUAUUGAAAAUUUAGAAAAAGUAAGUGAAAAGUUCGGCGUUCUUAGAGAGAAAUUAAUCGAAAGAAUUGAAACCAAGUCUAAUUUUGGAAGCAACAGUGAAGAUCGUGCUGCAAUCGGAAAGGAAAUAAGCGGGUUAAAUAAAAUUAUCAAAGAAGCCGAUGAAUUUUUGAGAAUGGAAAAAGCAAAUUACAGAAAAGAUUUUGUGGCAACCGAUCCCACCAAGCAGAAAGAUUAUUUUUUGAGUGAGGAUAGGCUUCAUGCUUUGAAAGGACAAAAGUUAGGGCAAAUUGCCAUAGGCAAAGAAUUAGAAAGAACAGUUUUCGAUUUCAAUAAGAACGGAAAACAUAAUUUCGCAGGCUUUAAUGCUGAACACGAUUAUUUAAAAAUACCUAAUCGUAGCGAAACAUCCCAAUAUGAAAUUAAAUUUAAAAAUGAAGGGGGAGGACACGUUCAGCACUACCACUCAUUAUCACAAGACCGUUCUAAAAUUCUUAACCAAAACUUUGAUAACAAAACAAAAAGUUUGAAAGGAUUGGUUGAGCGUUUGGGAAUUGAGAAAAAACAAGUUCAAGACUUAGUUGAAGCUUAUCGAAAUUGCAAUGAAGAUAACAUUAACCAAAUUAAACAGAAAAUUCUAGAGAGAGAAGGAAAAAAAGAGGAUUUACAAGAGAAAGAAAAAUCAAGGGUAAUUGAUUUGGGCCAAGAACAACAAGUUCUAAUUUCCCAAAUUCAAAUUUCUCCAAAGAAUAACAAAGAUAUCACCGAAGAACAAAUUUGGGAUGAAUUUAACAAACUAAAAGUCUGGUUUUACCAAGAAAAUCCAGUUAACAGCGAAGAAGAAAAAAAAGAAAGAUUUAGAAAGUUUAAUAAUAUUUUGGGAACUUUAACUGAUGCCGAAGAAAGAAAAAGAUACGACGAUUGUCUUAAUCAAUUUGUUCGGGCUAAAAGAGAAAAGUUGCGAAAAGUAACCGAGGAAAAUAAAGAGUGGAAGUGUGAACUUUGCCAACAACCUUAUGAAAAGUUAAUUAUCUAUUCUGAGGAGAACCCAGCCGAUAUAACCAUUGAUUGUCCUUCUUGUUUACGUUUUUGUGAAACUAAUAAGAUAAUUCGGGAGUUAAAGUUUUUAAAUACAAUUCAACAAACCCAAAUGAACGUACUAGAAAAUAAUCUUUCCGGGGAAAAAUCAGUCCGAACCAGAAGAAUAGCUGAAUUAAAAAAACAUAAACAAGCCUUAAAAGACCAAGUGAAGUUUGAUUUGCUAUUCGUACCAGCCGGAGAAGUGUUUUACGAUUUAGUUAGUCAGAAAAUUGCGGGAAAA